AUGUCCAGGCGGCUGGCUCAGGCUACCGAAGACGCCCUCACCGAAGGCGGGCGAGCAGGCAGAAAAGCGGUCGAGGAGGCAGGUUUCUCCGAAGAGUUAAAGAGCUCCUUGAUCGAGCGCGUCGAGGCCGCGAAAUUCCGCUCGGAUCACGCAGCAGCAUUUGCAGAAGCCGGGCUCGGCUCCCACGUCGGUCAGGGCUCGCGGCAGAUCGCCACUGGCCGGAUAUGGACGGGGGAGGAGUCGUCGCCAGAUGCGACGCUGCGGAUGCUGGACGAUGCGAGGAAGCCGCUGCAGCCGGGGCUGCGGGGGCCGGCGAAGAUUCCGGGUCCGACUGUUGAUUUGAGGUUCAAGCCGAAGCCGAAGCAGAGGCCUGGGGAGAGGCUGGCGAAUGCAAGGGAUAGGACUUCCGCCUACGCCAUUUCCAAGGAUUCGCAGAUGACUGACGAGGAGAGGGAGCAGAUGAGGAGGGGUCUGAAGGAGAGAUUUGGGCCGGGGGUCGGAACGAUGCCGAAUUCGUUUCGGGGAUUGGCUGCGUUGGCUAACGAGAGAAUUGAGGAUGCUAUCGCUAGGGGGCAGUUCAAAAAUAUACCCCGUGGCAAAGCCAUUGUGAGAGAUGUGCGAGCGGACAACCCUUUUAUUGAUACUACGGAAUAUAUCAUGAACAAGAUGAUCCAGAGACAAGAGAUUGUCCCUCCUUGGAUCGAGAAGCAGCAGGAGCUGAUCAAGGCGACGAACAUAUUCCGAGCUAGAUUGCGGAAUGAUUGGAAACGCCAUGCUGCGCGGACUAUUGCAAGCCGGGGGGGAAGCUUGCAAGAACAGAUGCGAAUCGCCGAUCGAUACGCAGAGGCAGAGAAAGCUUACAAUCCCAGAAAGAGAGCUGUAGAGCAGAUCUCGCUCCCAGACAAGGCUACAAACGAUUCUGCGCCCGUCAAAAUCGUGCAGGAAGCGCCCUCUACGCCAGUCUCUGCUAUUCCACCUGUACAGGUUUCACAAGAGACGCAAGACGGUGCUGUUACUUCCGAAGCCACCUCCCACGAGCAACCACAGACCCACCCCGAGUCCCCCGCAGCUCCCCUCCCAGCCCUCUUCCGGAUCCCUACCUGGGAAGCAGCCGAGAACUCCUACCUCACGCUCGCCGUCCAAAACCUCAACAGCUUGGCCAGAUCCUAUAACCUCAUGGCCCCCGAGCUGGCCAAAAAACCGUAUUUCUCGCUCGAGCGCGAGCUCAAGGCUUGCUAUGCAGAUGUGGCGCCCCAGCUCUCACAGGCUAUCAAGGAUAGAGCUGCUCGCCCUGCGAAAACCAUGGUCGAGAUCAUCGGGCACAAGCCCGGUGGGGUGCUGGAGAGGUUUGCGAGCGAUAAGGUGGUCAUCUAUGAUUCGAAGAGGCCGAAGUAUGGGUUUAAGGAGCUGUGGAGUGAUCUUUGGAGGUCGAAGAGUGCUUGA